CGGGAAACCAAACAAGAUGAGCUUGAGCGGAGACGACAGCGACAUGGAGCGGGAGACGAAGCGACGUCGCUUGCGUCGUGGCGACGAUGAUUCUGAAAAUGGAAACGCGUCGAAUGCAUCCGACCUCGACGAGGAUGUUGGCGUGACGCCGGAUGAGCGCGUGUACUUCUCGGCCGACGACGAAGAAGACGACGAUGGUGAAGAUCUACUUGAGAAUGCGCAAGACGAUUACAAGCGCAUGGAUACGUUGGAUCAAUAUGAUGUGGGGCAGUUGGAUGACCGACGAUACGAUGCCAUCGACGAAGAAACGAGGCGUCGUGUUGAAGAAGAGCUGGACCGCCGCGACGCACGCGAAGGGCGUCUGGCCGCGGUUCUGCAGGAGGACCAGGAGAUGGAGCGCGAUGAUGCACAUCGUCGUCGUUUCGUUCGGCGUCAGGACGAAGGUGCGACGGACGAUAUGGUCCAGGACGAAGAGUUGAUCAAUUUGGAGCACUUUGACGUGCCAUUACGUGAAUUCAUUGCUGCUGAGCGUCCCCGCAAUGAAAUUAAGCGACGCUUCAAACAAUUCCUCAACACGUACACCCACGAGAAUAAGGUCGUGUACCACGAGAAGAUUGUAAAGAUGGCUCAGCGCAACGAGCAGAGUUUGGAGAUUGAGAUCGGAGACAUCAUUCAGUGCAUGUCGAUCUUCGCCGCGUGGAUUGUCGAGGCCCCCAAAGAUAUGUUGAGUCUCCUGGAUGAAGUCGCGCGAGACGUCGUCCUGAGUCUCUUUCCGUACUACGACACGAUCCACAAGGAGAUUUUUGUGCGGAUAUUGGACCUUCCUGGGACGGAAAAAAUACGAGAUUUGCGCACGGCCCAUCUCAAUUUUUUGAUUAAAGUAUCGGGGGUUGUCACGCGUCGCACUUCGGUGUUUCCUCAACUUCAGCUUGUCAAGUUCAACUGUGUCGCUUGUGGUGCCGUCUUAGGGCCAUUUACUCAACACAAAAACGCUGAGUUGUCGCUGAACGCAUGCCCAGAGUGUCAAUCCAAAGGACCGUUCAGUCUGAACACGAGCCAGACCAUUUACCGAAAUUACCAAAAACUCACGCUGCAAGAAAGCCCGUCAAGUGUCCCACCAGGCCGUGUUCCUCGGUCGAAAGAAGUCAUUUUGCUCGCUGAUCUUAUCGACAAAGCUCGACCUGGUGAAGAGGUUGCCAUCACAGGCGUAUACAUCAACACCCCCGACCCUACUCUAAACAUGAAAGACGGGUUUCCCGUGUUUAAAACGGUGAUUGAAGCCAAUCACAUUGAGCGAACGGCUGAAGGACACACCACCGUCUUGACUGCAGAAGACAAGAAGGCGAUUUUGAAGUGGAGCAAGCAGCCGAAUAUCGGGCAGCUUUUGAUCCAGUCAAUUGCACCGUCCAUUUACGGCCACACGGCUGUGAAAACAGCGCUCUGUUUGUCAUUGUUUGGAGGCAAGCCCAAACACAUAAAAAAUUCUCGCGUGCGAGGGGAUUUAAACGUGUUGAUGGUGGGAGAUCCGGGGACAGCCAAGUCGCAGUUUUUGAAAUUCAUGCAAGCAACUGCUCCCCGAGCAGUGUAUACCACUGGGAAAGGUGCUUCUGCAGUGGGUUUGACGGCCGGUGUCACACGAGAUCCAAUGACAAAAGAAUGGGUUCUCCAAGGCGGAGCCCUCGUUUUGGCUGACAAAGGAGUGUGUUUGAUUGACGAAUUCGACAAGAUGAACGAACAAGAUCGCACGUCUAUCCACGAAGCCAUGGAACAGCAGACCAUUUCGGUGUCAAAAGCUGGCAUUGUCACGUCCCUGCAGGCGCGAUGUGCAGUUAUUGCUGCGGCAAACCCUAUCGGGGGUCGGUAUAAUGCCACCAGGACGUUUGCUGAAAACGUCGAGUUGACGGAUCCUAUUCUCCAGCGGUUUGAUGUGCUCUGUGUCUUGCAAGACAAAGUGGACCCAGUUCAGGACGAACAGUUGGCGGAUUUUGUCAUUUCGUCCCAUAUCAAUAGCAGCUUGGACACUCCCAAGGUCUCCACGGCAUCUACAUCGACGCACUUGCCGCAGGAUCUACUAAAAAAAUACAUCGUUUACGCCCGGACGUUUGUGAACCCUACCGUGAGCUCGACAUUGGACACUCGAAAGAUCGAGACGUUCUACGCUCAAUUGCGGAAGGCUUCGCAGCACACUGGCGCCGUACCCAUCGCUGUGCGCCACAUUGAAUCUUUAUUUCGAAUGGCUGAAGCAUAUGCACGCAUGCACCUACGAGACGCCGUCUGCAAUGACGAUUUGGACAUGGCGAUCCAAGUGAUGACCACAGCGUUGUGCGAAGCCCAAAAGUUUACGUUCAAACGACAGUGGAAGAAGCUGUUUGCGCAGUAUCUGAGCUUCCGCCAAGACAACACGAUCGUACUCAUGCACAUUGUGCAAGAGUUGUUCCAAGCGGCAUACACGUAUCAUCAGCUGCGCCAGGAAAAGAAACGAUCCAUCGCGCCAUUAUCCGAAUUGCAAGUCGCUUGCGCGGAUGUUCUGUCGAAAGCCAAGUCCCUCGGGAUUAUGGACUUGAGCCCUUUGUACGAAUCUGCCGCGUUUGAGCAAAAUGGCCUGCGAUACGACCCCGACCACCAAAUGAUCCUCAAGACAUUUUAACUUUCACGACAGGCUGCUGUGUGUGUAUAUAUACGAGGCAACUUUCACCCUGCACCAAUCCAUAUGUCAAAGCCGA